GUUGCUCCCCUCACUAGCCUUUUGCUCACAGAUUUGGUUUCUUCUCCAUCAACAUCUCUACUCCUCAUCCUCCCAUGUCAUCACUUUCCUCUCCUGCAAGCGUUGCAGGCGGCCUUGCAUUUGCACACGGUGCAAACAGCGGUGGUCACAAGGCAGCAUCACAUAUUUGUUUGCACCCUGUCUGGUUUUAGAGGAUGUUCAGCCGGCGUCUGUUAACACUUCCCCAGAGGAGAUUACAAGGAGGGCACGACAACAAAUAGACAUUAAGUGUGAGCAAACAGAGGGCAGCAUCAGAAGUCUUUUUUAAAUUACAUUUUUUUUUUUUUUUUAGCAUGUUUUUGUUUUAGUCAGGGCAUUUUAUCGACUUACAUCUGAUACUCUCCAAGAAGUCAACCAUGUUCAAAAAGAAGAACGACCCAGAGAGAGUGAUCCUGGUGUCAGAUGUGAGGAGCUCAUACACCACUCUGAGAAGGCUGAGCACACCCAGCCAGGAGGCAUUACAGAUCGACGGCACUGGUGGCAUCAAGCAUUGCCAUGACAACAGCCGUGCCCAGGAGGAACGUGAACGAGAGAAGAAAGUCGCCAGGAGGAGGUUGUAUGUGGCCUCUGCCAUCUGUCUGAUUUUCAUGACCGGUGAAAUCCUUGGUGGGUAUUUUGCAGGCAGCCUUGCAGUGAUGACAGACGCUGCCCACCUGCUUGUUGACUUCAUCAGCUUCAUCAUCAGCCUGGUAUCCCUCUGGCUCUCCUCCAGGCCUGCCACACACAAGCUCAGCUAUGGUUGGCACCGUGCAGAGAUUCUGGGUGCGCUGGUGUCAGUCUUCACCAUCUGGCUGGUAACAGGCAUUUUGGUUUACCUGGCUGUGGAGCGCCUCAUCAAAGAUAACUACACCAUCGAGGGCACUGUCAUGCUCAUUACCUCUGGUUGUGCUGUGUUGGCUAAUAUUAUCAUGGCCCUCACCCUUCACCAGUCCGGCCACGGCCACAGUCACGGGGGUCUCAGCUCACACGGCCACGGCCACAGUCACGGGGGCCGCAGCUCACACGGCCACGGUCACAGUCAUGGGGGUCACAAGCAUGACCAUAGUCACAAGAAUGGAACAGGACACAAUCAUACCUCAAACCACUCAAACCAACAUGAUGAUCAUGCAGACGUGGAGCAAAGCGGGGCUGGUCAUGGACGGAAGGCUCAGCAGAACAACGCCAGUGUGCGAGCGGCCUUUGUCCAUGUGUUGGGAGAUCUUCUCCAGAGCAUCAGCGUGCUUAUCAGCGCCAUCAUUAUCUUCUUUAAGCCAGAAUAUAAAAUGGCUGACCCCAUCUGCACCUUCCUGUUCUCCAUAUUUGUCGUGUGCACCACCUUCACCAUCAUGAGGGAUAUUAUUCUUGUCCUGAUGGAAGGUACUCCAGUAGGAAUGAGGUACGGCGAGGUGCGGGAUAGUCUGCAAGCAGUAAAGGGGGUGACAGCGAUCCACAACCUUCACAUUUGGGCCCUAACCAUGAACCAGGCUGUACUGACUGCACACGUAGCCAUAGAUGAGACAGCGGAUGCUCAGACUGUCCUGAGAGAAAUGACGCAGGCUUGUUUCUCCUCCUACAGCUUCCACUCUGUUACCAUUCAGAUGGAGAGACAGGCCGACCUGAAGCCUGGAUGUACCCUGUGUGAAGAGCCCAAGUUGUGAGAACCUGAUCUUAAUCUGAUCAGCAGAAUAAGGCCAAAGUGUGCUUUAGCUGCUGUAACCUCUGCUGACAAUAAUAUUUAGUUGUUCUGUACUGCUCGUUGGAUCCAGAGGUCUUAAGUUUUUACUGUGACAUUAAUGCGAAAGUCAUAUGACUGUGCCUUUGGUGUCUUUUGUGAUGACACUCCCAAAGAAAUAUUUAUACUGAAUUAAGAAUGAGCAUGUGGUGAAUGAAAUCAACCUGCUCGUGAUUUAAAUGAUUUUAGAAGAAAAGUUCCUCCUGUGUGUGGUUUUAACUUUAAACAAGGAAAAUACUCCUGAGUUGUCUUUGCUUGUGAAUAUAUUCAUGUUGAAGCAGGAAUACAAUGUACUGUAUGAACUAAAUGGUCAUCCUUUAUGAAUCUAUACCGGUUAUAUGACUGGGUAACUGUUAAUGUUAAUGUUUAUCUUAAAUGACAUUUUACUGUGUACCAUGGCACUGUACACGAAACAUUCGGGCCGAUGCAGAAGUACUGUUUGUUUGAGCAUUAUCAACCUAAGUCAUACGAUAGAGCCACAGUCUAGUGUGUGAAUAUAGAUUAUUAAAUCUUUCUAUGCAUUGACUUUUACA